UUUUUUUUUUUUUUCUUUUCAGUUUUUAUCAAAAAAUAUAUAUAUAAUAUUAAUUAAUAAAAGAAUGGUGAGAGAUGGAUUUUAGCCUGUAGGUUGAGUGUGAAGCAAAGGCUUGGUGAGCGUAGGCAGAGAGAAAGGAAAGGGAGAGGGAGAGAAUAAAAGCAGGCGGGGUGGCUUCUGCAAGGCGCUUCCCUUCGGACACCGGAGCCUUCGCGGACUGGGCGGCAUCCUCCGCCGUCGCCGACCGGGGAGACGACCUCUGCCUCGGAUUCAAUGCCGGAAGCGGAAGCGGAUCCGGCGGGGGCGUAGUAUGGGCGGCCGCGGGUAGCUCCUCCGCGACUGGUGGCGGCGGCCGCCAGACCGUUAAUUAUGGGAUGCCUGCUGAUAUGGGCACGGUGGUGCUGGCCUCCGCCGCGUCGUUACAGCACCACCAUGAAUCGUGGCUCUCCGCCUCGGAGCACCACCCCGCCAUCAUCCCCCUCCUCGCCGCCACCCCGUGCGUCGUCGAUGACGACAGUCCCGCCGGCCGGGGAAAGCUUGGAGGCGGGAUCCACAUCUGGCAACCCGCCCAGCCGCAGGCAGCACCGUAUCACCACGACGGUCACCCGUUUCCAGCACACCAUGAAACCAACCCUAACCCUAAUCCUAAUCCUAACCCUACCCUCUAUAAUUACCUUCGGAAGCCAAUCCCGAUGCUGGAAUCCAGCGUUAUUAUCGGCGCCACGGCCGGCGUUGGCGCGUCCACGUGUCAGGACUGCGGCAACCAGGCAAAGAAAGAUUGCAGUCACCGCCGCUGCCGGACUUGUUGCAAGAGCCGGGGGUUGGAGUGCUCUACACACGUGAAGAGCACGUGGGUUCCCGCCGCUCGCCGUCGCGAGCGCCAGCUUGGCACCUCUGCUGCCGCGGGCUCCUCCACCUCCACUUCCGCCUCCAAGAAGCCCCGCAUCGUCUCCUCUCAGCCCACCGCCUCCCACACCUCCACCUCCAACACCACUCGUAGCUUUGACACCACCUCCAGCCACCAAGAUGCCGGCGUCAAAGAGCACCUCCCAGGCCACGUGCGAGUGCCUGCGCUGUUCAAGUGCGUGCGCGUCACCUCCAUCGACGACGGCGACGACGAGUACGCCUACCACGCGAUGGUCAAGAUCGGCGGCCGCGUCUUCAAAGGCUUCCUCUACGACCACGGUCUCGAUGAUGGUGGCGGCCACUCCGACGACGGCAAGGAGAGCUCUAUACCCAACAUCUCGGAGCUGCACCUCGGAAAUCGCUUCGGCGGUGCUUCCUCGUCGACGAUGCAGUCUCCGUCGGACGCCUUCGGCGGUGGAUUGAUUGGAAGCACCCACUACGAUAAUCAAAUAAAUGAAUGAAUCAUCCCGAUGCUUUGUUGUAACAGUAUGUUCCUUUAUCUUUCUUCAUUUUGCUAGCGGCGAUUAUAUCUUCCUUUGUAUUUAAUUCAUGGCGAUGAUACUGUCUCGUCUUCUUAUAACGCCAUUUCAAUGCUAUCCUAUCACCAUUAUUUCUUGCA